AUGGGAAAGAGAAAAGUCGAAGAAGAAGAAGUAGAUUCUGAUAUUGACGUCAGUUCAACUGAUUCCGAAGAUGAACAAGUCGAAGAACAAUCAAAGGGUGAAGAAAGAGAAGAAGGAGAAGACGAAGAAAUGAUUAAUGUUGAUUUUGAUUUCUUUGAUUUAAAUCCUGAAGUCGAUUUCCAUGCUACCAAGAACUUCCUUCGUCAAUUAUUCGGUGAUGAUGCUAGUGAAUUUGAUCUUUCUGGUUUAGCUGAUCUUAUUUUGACUAAGAAUUCAGUUGGUACUUCUAUUAAAACUGAUGGUGUUGAAAGUGAUCCAUUUGCAUUAUUGUCGGUGGUGAAUAUGACUGAAAAUUUAACAAAGCCAAGUAUUAAGAAACUAGUUGAUUAUAUACUUAAUAAGACAAAAGGUAAGACUGAAUUUAAUAUUAUGUUAAAGAAAUUAUUGACUAAUGUUAAAACUACCAAUGGUAAUAGUAAACAAUUGAAGGUUGGAUUAAUUGUCAGUGAAAGAAUGAUUAAUAUGCCAAUUGAAGUCAUUCCACCAAUGUAUAGAAUGUUACUAGAAGAAAUGGAAAAGGCAGAAGAUGCUCAUGAGAAAUAUGAAUUUGAUUAUUUCUUAAUUGUUUCCAAAGUAUAUCAAUUAGUUAAUCCUGAAAUUGAACAAGAUGAUGACGAUGACAAGAGACUGAAGAAAAAGAAGAUUGCAAGUAAUGAACCAAAACAAAUUGAAAUGGAUUACUUCCAUUAUGAAGAUAUGAUAUUAGAACAAAAUGCUUCUUAUAGAGGUGUUUUCCCAUAUACUCAAAAGAAGCAAGAAACUGAUUCAAGAAGAGUUUUCACUGAAUAUGGUAUUGAUCCAAAAUUAAGUUUAAUUUUAAUUGAUAAAGAUAAUUUAGCAAAAUCAGUAAUUGAAAUGCAAGAAAGCUUCCCAGCUCCUCAAUAG